AUGUGUGUAAGUGUAGAGUUCUUACUUUUGAAGCAAGAUAAGAGUGUCAAGCCAAUGAUAAUAAUAGAUGAAUCAUCAAUCUUGCAAGAUUUCUUCGCAAGUAGGGUUUAUAGCAAUAAUUGUGCAGCUUUCAAAGCUAUUUUCGAUCAACGACAAUACUUACAAUGGAGAAAAAUCCAAGUUGCAGACUAUUUGGGACGAUACAAUACCGACUAUGCUAGAAUGGACCAAAAAGGUAUUUAA